UGCGCACUGUAGCCUGGUGUCCACAUCCAGCGGCUCAUUGAGCAGCAGCACCUCAGUGGAUCCACCAAGGACGCAGCCUUUUCCAUGUGAAUACAGCUUUUGUUUCACGCGUUCUUUCCACUGGGUUCUCUCUCUUUUGUUCCAGGGUGAGCGCAAAAGUUGGCGCCUGCGAAGAGCCGAGUGUGACUGAAACAUGCCCAUUGCGCAGAAUCUGUGCUCACUCGCGGUGAUUCUACGGGAGAGGAGCGCGUCUCCACCUCACGGGACGCAGGACGCGCGCUGAAUGUUGCCGCAUGGUGUCUGUGCAGGAGGGAACCAAAGUUGCGUAAAGAGCCCGAUCCUGCACAAGUAGCGACCGCCUGUCACCAACAAGGGGAUUGGAACCAUGUCGGCCAUACGGAGGAAAUUUGGGGAGGACUACCAGGUGGUGAACACCAACCAGGGCAUGACUUUCGCCGCCCAGGUGAAGAAGAAGAGGCAGCGGUUCGUGGAGAAGAACGGCCGGUGCAACGUCCAGCACGGUAACCUUGGCGGGGAGACCAGCCGGUACAUCUCCGACCUCUUCACCACGCUGGUGGACCUCAAGUGGCGCUGGAACCUGCUCAUCUUCAUCCUCACCUACACGGUGGCGUGGCUCGUCAUGGCUUCCAUGUGGUGGGUGAUCGCCUACAUCCGCGGCGACCUGACCCCCGGCGGCCACGAGGACUCCUAUACGCCGUGCGUCGCCAACGUGUACAACUUUCCCUCCGCGUUCCUCUUCUUCAUCGAGACGGAGGCGACCAUCGGCUACGGCUACCGCUACAUCACGGAGAAGUGUCCGGAGGGGAUCAUCCUCUUCCUCUUCCAGUCGCUGAUGGGCUCCAUCGUGGACGCCUUCCUCAUCGGCUGCAUGUUCAUCAAGAUGUCGCAGCCGAAGAAGCGCGCGGAGACGCUGAUGUUCAGCCAGAGGGCGGUGAUCUCGCAGCGGGACGGGAAGUUGUGCCUCAUGUUCCGAGUAGGGAACCUGCGGAACAGCCACAUGGUGUCCGCGCAGAUCAGGUGCAAACUCAUCAAGUCCCGGCAGACCCCGGAGGGCGAGUUCCUGCCGUUGGACCAGUGUGAGCUGGACGUGGGCUUCGGGACGGGGGCGGACCAGCUCUUCCUGGUGUCACCACUAACCAUCUGCCACGAGAUCAACCCCAAGAGCCCGUUCUUCGAUCUGUCGCAGCGCUCCCUCAUGAACGAGCAGUUUGAGAUUGUCGUCAUCCUCGAAGGCAUCGUGGAAACCACUGGAAUGACAUGCCAGGCGAGGACAUCUUUCACGGAGGAUGAGGUCUUGUGGGGUCAUCGCUUCCUUCCUGUCAUGUCACUAGAGGAGGGCUUCUUCCGAGUCGACUACUCCCAGUUCCACAACACCUUCGAGGUUCCUACACCCCCCUAUAGUGUCAAAGAGCAGGAGGAGAAGUCGUCCGUGACGUCCCCCAACUCUCUGUCCGUCGCGCCCACCCCCUCCUCUCCUCAGCCGGGUAACGGUGCCCGAGGGGGCCGCAGGGAAAGGCUCCUGUCAGCCGACUAUGUGGACCACGCAGAUGACCAAGCCAUGAGGCUGCCCAGCAAACUGCAGCGCAUGAGCUCCACCAAGGAGGAGACCUUCUGGAGGGGGUUGAAGACAGGGGCGGCCUUGCCAGGGGGGAAGGCCGCCAGCAUGGGAGACCUGCCGCUUAGUAUUCAGAGGCUGCGGUCCAGCUCCAUCCCGGUCACAAGGCAAGCACAGCUGGAGGAGCAGGUUCAGCUGCUGUCUUUGGACGGAGAGGAGGUCGAGCUGGAGAAGCACAGACUGCCAGCAGCCAUUAGCACCAUCAGUGCUCCAACACCAGUCCAGAUCUCCAUGAUCGGGGGUCGGCCGGAGGACAACCUGCCCGCCAAACUGCGCAGAAUGAACGUUGACCGCUAACACCUGUGGACAACCUUUCAAACUUAAAGGACAUUUUGAAAUCGAAUCAGGCUCUACGGGACUUGUAUAUAUAAAGACUAUUGUGAUAUGAUUAUUUAAUUUUUUCCUGCAAGCUGGGUCUGGUAUUUUAGAUUUAACCAAGUUGUCCAUUUCCACAAACAGGAGGACGACACCAAUAAGCCAUCCGUCCGCUCAGACUGUGAGUCAUUUUUUGAUAGAUCACCAUCUGUGCCCCCUGCCGACUCUUAACACUUCUGCCCAUGCGCUUGUUUCUUUCAUUUCAGUUCACCGGGGUUUGCAUUGAAGAUUUUCUUAUUAUCUCAAACAACAACUUUUUAAAUAUUCAAGCACCAGUUGUAAAUCACGGGGAUUGUCCACUAGCUUAACCACAAGGCCUGUCAAGCUUUGGAUUUCUCCCUAAGCAGAGCACAUAGGACUGUAGCUGGAGUUCUUUUAACCUUUUGUAGAACCAAACCCCACAAGCGCUAAAAGCGGAGACGGUGAGAUAGAUGGUGUUGAGUUUGCAAAUACUUCUUGCUAACUUGAAAUUAAAAACAUCAUGUGUGAAAAAACAAACUUAGCACGUUAGACAAGCAGCCACAUGAGCUGUACAGAGAACAAAAAUAAAGAAAGGAUCCCUGAUGUUUCAUGAACCAACUCCAAACUGCAACACUAGAACAAAUAUAUUUUACCCAUUUUACCCUUAAUAACCUUAUUUACAGGGAACUCAUGAGGAAGCUGAAGUUAGCCUCAUUACAGUACUAUUAGAUAAGGUACGAAAUCGAUAGUAAUCGGCUGUAAAUCUGUAACGCUGGCGUCUACCUCCGUCUGAAGUCAACAAACCAUUGUUUGUUAAAAAUUACUGAGAAUUUGAAUUUUGUAAGCUGCGUUCAGUAUGUGCCAAUCAAUCAACCUGGAAAAGGUACAAAAAUCGAAGAUCUCUGACACACAAUUCAGGUUGAUGCACCAUAUUUAUUUAUCACUUGUACUGUAUAUUUGUUUAUUUGGAUGCACAUUGACUCGUGUGUUUAUUACUGUACAAUUUUAACUAUUAUCAAUCUUUGGACGACUGACUUUCUUUCAUCAUGAACUGAGUAAUUAAAAAGGAAAACAAAUACAUGGGAAUGCAGGGACGCUGACAUCAGGGGACACAUGUCUUAUUAUUGUGCCAAUAUCAAGGUAGAGUUUAAACUUCAUAAUUG